CCCACAUUGACGACGAAAUUUCAACUAACCUAAGUUUAACAUAACAUAACCUAUUGGACAAAAUUGUCAUAACGGAGACAUCUUGAAUUACUUUUGCUUUUUCAUCUCCGAAUAAUUAAAAUAAUUGAGAUACGCUGUUUGUUUCUUUCUUUCUUAGAUUUACUCAACUGUUACAUCACAUAAUCGACGCUCGACAACUCUGUCUUUUGAACCUAAAAAUGUUACAAGCAUGCAGAAACGCGGGGCGGAUGUUGCUUUCAACAUUGAAAUCCACAUCAGUUACACAAACAGCCGGGUUAAAAACCUUUCCUCCUCCGAUAAAACUUGGUGAGAUUGAAUAUCCUGAGCGAUAUAAGUUGAAAGUAAUGGAGAAAGUUCCGCAAUUUCCACCGGGAAUGCGUGCCCCUAAGAUGCAGAAACGCUUGAGAUACAUGCGAGGACCUGAGAAUUUGCAUAAUUUUCUUAUGUAUAAGCAGUUCGGUAUUAUAGCUACUGGAGGAGGCAGAUUGAAACAUAGUCAUUUUGAGAUGAUACGUAUGAAGCUGCUUAGAAACCUCGAUUUUAAUAAGAUAUUUGCAAUUUGGCGGGUGGACGCACCAUGGCAGCCGGUUACAAAGAAGGGACUAGGACAUCGUAUGGGCGCUGGUAAAGGUUCUAUUGAUCAUUAUGUCACUCCAAUUAAAGCAGGUCGUGUUAUUAUAGAAAUCGGUGGCAAUUGCGAAUAUUUCGAGGUAAAGAGAGUAUUAGAACGAAUAGCGUUUAUACUCCCAUUCAAAGCUAUGGCCGUCAGUCAGGAAAUAUUGGAUGAGGAGAAGGCCAAAAACCAGUGGUUAGAGGAGAACAACAAACAUCUUUGGACUUGGAAAUAUAUGGUGCAAAAUAAUAUGAUCGGUUGUCAUAAUUGGAUAUCGCCAUUUGAUAAGAAAUGGUUUAACAGGUAUUUGUAAAUAAACGCCAUUUGAUAAGAAAUGGUUUAACAAGUAUUUGUAAAUAAACAAUUGUAACAUUC